CGGAACUGCAUGCAACUGUUUGUCUAUUCAUUCUUGUUUACACAUUACAAACUACAACUUCUUUAAUCAAUCAUUUGCUUCAUAUUACAUACAUACAUACAAAAGUUGCUCUCUCUUAAUUCUGUCAGUGGGUGGCCCCUGAAUGGUAGCCAUUGUGCACACAACUGAAAAUCAGAUAAGUCAGGUUGCAGAGGGGCAGAAAAAAAGGUGACGUUUGUCAAUGGUACAGCUGUAAACCACAAACACACACACACACACGAAGGGGCUGCACCAGCAUAUAAAAAGAUCACCACGGCAGAACUGCCGAAAGCAGAUGCAUACAGCUCUAACCAGAGCACGUCCCUCGUCCCUCUAUUGUUGGCGAAUAUCUCAAAGUGACUUGGUGCACAGAUGGGUUCCUCUGAAGAAUAUUUUGAAGACGACUAUGAUUACAAAGAUUCCAUGCCAUGUGAUCUCAACAGCAACCACAAGCUGGAGAUAGAAAUAGAAACAUAUAUUUACUCUCUCAUCUGUGCCUUCGGUGUCCUGGGCAACAUCAUGGUGAUUGUUACAUAUGCGUUUUACAAGAAAGCCAAGUCCAUGACCGAUGUCUACCUUAUAAAUGUGGCUAUCGCUGACCUUAUGUUUGUAAUUGCUCUUCCGCUGAUUAUCUACAAUGAGAAUCACCACUGGCACAUGGGCACUGUGGCAUGCAAGCUCCUGAGGGCCACCUACAGCAUCAACCUCUACAGCAGCAUGCUUCUGCUGGCUUGCAUCAGUGGCGAUCGUUACAUGGCAGUUGUCCAGGCCAGGAGAUCUUUUGGUAUACGCUCCCGCACUCUGGUGUCCAGUUGGCUCAUCUGCCUCGCUAUCUGGUUAUUAGCGCUCAUCCUGUCCACACCCACUGUCAUCUAUAAUCAGCGCUACGAGGAGCAAAACCUUGAUGGGGAGAUGAUUGUUGAGUGCAAUUUCAAAUUUGACCACAACGACACAGACACGGCAAGGCUGAUGAAAGUCCUGGUUCCCAGCACGCAGGUAUCUGUGGGGUUCUUCCUCCCACUGCUGAUCAUGAGCUUCUGCUAUUCCAGCAUCCUGGCUACUCUGCUCCGGGCUAAGAACUUCCAGAGGCACAAGGCGGUGCGUGUGGUGCUGGCAGUGGUGGUCGUGUUUGUCAUCUGCCACCUGCCCUACAAUGUGGCCCUGCUCUACCACACCGUCGGCCUCUUCAAGCAGAGGCAGUGCGAGGCAGAAAAAAUGACACUGGUGGCCAUCACGGUGUCCAGAAGUGUGGCCUACCUCCACUGCUGCCUCAAUCCCAUCCUGUACGCCUUUAUCGGGGUGAAGUUCCGGAGCCAUUUCCAGAAGAUUCUGAUUGACUUGUGGUGCCAUGGAAAGAAGUAUAUUAACACAAGCCGUUUUUCAAGACAGACGUCUGACCUCUAUAUACCACCACCACCAUGCAAGUUAGCUGAGGAGUCCAGUGAAAAGCAAUCAUUUACUAUGUGAGACAUGUGUCUCUCCUAUGUGUGUGUGUGUAAAAGAGCAGCCAAGAGUGACACAGCUGUGUGCCAGCAGCCUCAAGACUGGACGUUCGUUUUGGUAUGAAAAUAGACACAAUAUAGUGUGGGUUGUUCCAUGAACUUUCCUUCAGUUUGAGACUAUGUUUUUAUAUUUCAGACAACUGACUCUAAUAGGGGUUCUGCUAUGACAUAAAUUAAGUCAAAGUUAAAGACAAAUAUUGUGAGAACGUCAUGUAUGUGAACCAAAAAUGGACUUCUGGCGUUGUGUUCUGCUCAUUUCAGAUGUCCGGGGUGAAAAGGUGUGGAGUGUGACAAAAGUGGGGUGAUAGAAGGAAUGAUAAUUAACCAUGUUUGAUUCACUUCUUUGGACCAAGGAAAAUAUCUGCGCUACUUGUAUUAUCUUACAUGGCCACCUGAUAAUUUACAUAAAACCCGAAUCCAUGUGUACCUGUGUACCUGGUCUCAAAGAAUGUCUGUCCAGGAAAGAACCCACCAGAUUUGCAUGAGUAAAUUAUCAACCUGUUAUCAAGAUAAUCUUGCCAUUUCAUUAUGUAAUUCUUUUUCUUUUCAAUAUUCAUCUGGUUUUUAUGUAAAUUUUCUUAAACAUACUUUUUUUUUUACUUCUAACAUUAAACAUUGUUUAAGGCAACCGUGUGUUAGUUAAAAUUAAAUAUGUAUACUACCUAAAUAAACAGCUAAGGUUUGUAUGAGCUUCAUUCUUCAA